AUGUUCGCUUUAUUUGACUCCAUGUUUGUCAACGCUGAUACUCUGGUGUCCCUUCAGAUUCUACAGUCUGAGUAUCAUCCAAACAGCCAUCUAAGAGGUCCCAGUAAUUCAGGGGCCAAAGAGAGUUUAUCCGUCUACGGGCUCUUUCAACAUCUGGCCCGUACACCCCAGGGAAAAUUGAAGCUCCGCCAGAUCUUUCUACGGCCAAGCACUAACAUUGAUUUGAUCCACGCCCGCCAGAAGACGAUAUCUUUCCUGCUGCGACCAGGGAAUACCGAGGCCCUCGUACAGCUAAGCAACGAGCUCAAAAAAGUCAAGAAUAUGAAGUCAGUGGUAGCCCUUCUUGAAAAGGGAGUCGACAUACCCGGGCGUAAAAUUUCCAUAGCGAAUAAUGUCUGGGCUUCGCUGCAACGAUUCGCAGCCUAUAGCUUACAGAUUGGAGAAUCGCUUCGGACCCUACCGGGUUCAGAGAAUAUUGAAAUUAUUAGAAAGGUGAUCAGUGUCAUUCAGCCGCUUGCCCUUCGCCAAGUAGGCGAGCUCAUCAGUCAAACCAUUGAUUUCGACCAGUCAAUGGAACGCGGGAAGACAGCCGUCAAACAAGGCGUGGAUGCCGAUCUAGACGAAUUGAAGCGAAGUUAUGAUGGAAUGGAACAUUUCUUAACCAACGUCAUCGCAAAACUACGAAGCGAGUUGCCAGAAUGGGCAAGAAAGUACAUACAAAACUGUAUAUUCUUUCCGCAACUAGGUUUCUUAACGGUAGUGUCACUUAAUCCCGAGACAGGAAAGGGUAACUACAACGGUGAAGGUGUAGAUGAUGUAUGGGAGCGUAUGUUUGUAGCCGAGGGUUGCGUAUAUUAUAAGAAUCGGCAGAUGAAGGAGAUGGAUGAGCAUUUUGGAGAUGCAUACUGUAUGAUUAUUGAUCGGGAGAUUGAGAUUAUUCACGAGCUCGCUGUGAAGGUUUUGGCGCAACGAGAAGCCAUUAUUGCAGCGUCUGAUGUUCUCGGCGAACUCGACAGCCUGUUCGCGCUGGCGAUUGGUUGCGGGCAGUACAACUGGAUUGCACCUAAAAUGACUACUCAAAAUAUCAUACACAUUGAAGGGGGCCGCCAUCCUUUACAGGAGCUUGUGGUCCCAUCAUUCAUUGCCAAUGACUGUUUCCUCGCUGGUGGGCCAGGUGAACAAAACGACGAAGGAGAAGAUGCGAGCGCUGCAGAGCUUGAGCGGAACUCUAUAGAACAUCCCAGCACCUUGGUCCUGACAGGACCGAACCACUCUGGGAAGAGCAUAUAUCUAAAACAGGCCGCUCUCAUUGUCUAUCUGGCACAUAUUGGCUGUUUCGUCCCAGCUGAACGAGCUCAGAUCGGAAUCACGGAUCGUAUUCUUACACGUAUCGCUACACGUGAAAGUGUGGCGAAGAAUGAAAGCGCAUUUUCUAUUGACCUACGUCAAGUUGCCUUUGCAAUGAAUUUUGCAACACGCAGGAGUCUCGUGUUAAUAGAUGAGUUCGGCAAAGGUACAAAUAGCCUAGACGGUGCUGGUUUAGUCACAGCGGUACUAGACCAUUUUACUUCUCUCGGUCCCGAACGACCCAAGGUUUUAGCCGCCACGCACUUCCACGAGAUCUUCGAGGGCCAAUUCUUAGUAGAGACCCCAGAGCUAGCCUUUGCGCACAUGGAAAUUCGAGUUGACUUCGAUGCUCCAACUACGGAGGAUCAAGUCACGCAUCUCUUCCAGCUAGCUCCAGGCCGAAGCAUCUCCAGCUUUGGCAGUCGGUGCGCGGCGAUGAAUGGGAUUGAUGAGGCUGUGGUUCAGAGAGCCGAGUCGAUUAUGUUGAUGAUUGUUAAUAAUGAAGAUCUUGAGGUCGUGUGUACUAGAUUAUCGGAUUCAGAGAUGCAGAAGCUCGAGGAGGCUGAAGCUGUUGCGCGAGCUUUCCUUGAGCAGGAUAUUAAAGCGCCGCCUGGUGGUGGCGGUGGGAAGAAAGGAAAGGGCAUCGAUGGGCGGUAUAGAGGGAUCCUUGAGCAUGUAUUGUUGGGCGAUGAGUCGACUUCGGGUUCGAAUCUGGGGGUUAGUUGA